GUAGAAAAUAGUAGAAUAGAGCCCCUUCUUUGCUUCAAACGGAUAAUAUAACUGUUUUUUCUUUUUCGCGGAGUGAGAAUCUAGAGAAAGAGAAGAUGGCAGUGGCUAUGAAAGCAGGAGGAGGUGGAAGGACUUUGCUGUCUAUGGAAUUGCCUCAUGCUGUUAUUCCUCGCUCUCAAUCUCAAAUACGUAUUAAACCCUCCGGUACUACCUUCAUUUUCAAUCCUUCCUUUUCUGUAAAGCCUAAUCACCGUCAGUUGGUAUUUGUCACAAGAGCUGCUGAUUCCACACAACCUUCUUCAUCAGCUUCUGUUAGCAUCUCUAACAACAGCAACAAAACCGUUAUUCCUGACCCUGAAUUCACCCUUGCCAAGGUUUCCUUUGGUGUUAUUGGACUUGGCCUUGGAGUUUCACUUCUGUCAUAUGGGUUUGGGGCCUAUUUCAAUAUUCUUCCUGGUUCUGAAUGGUCCGCGAUCAUGCUAACUUAUGGAUUUCCACUUGCAAUUAUUGGAAUGGCUCUAAAGUAUGCAGAGCUCAAACCAGUUCCGUGCAUAACAUAUUCAGAUGCAGAAGCGUUGAGGGAGAAAUGUGCUACUGAAAUUCUCAAACAGGUGAGAAAUGAUGUUAUUAGAUUUCGGUAUGGUGAUGAGCAGCAUCUGGAUGAAGCCUUGAAACGUAUUUUCCAAUACGGACAGGGUGGAGGAAUUGCGCGAAGAAGCGCACCAAUUCUGCAAAAGAUACGUGAAGAGGUUACAGAAGAUGGAAAAUACAGUUUGGUAUUGGUUUUCCAGGCAAAAUCUCUUGAGUUAUCAGAUUUUGAGAAACGGCAGGCAAAGUUUGCUUCAUUCUUUGGACCAGGAAUCAGAGCAGAAAUCAGGAAAGACGAGAACGACCUUUAUGAAGUCUAUCUUGUUUCCGAAACAGCUUCUUAAAUAUAUGUAAAUAUCAAAUGUGUAUGUAAUUGUCCAUUUUCACUUGUUUCUUCAUCCAGAUAUUGUUAUGCUAGUUAAUACUUAUCACUGCUCUGUGAAGAAAGAAACUUGCAUUCAACUUCAGCAGAAAAGGCUACAAUAUUGUUAUGCUAGUUACAAAAACCAGUCACAGUUUUCGAAAUUAUACAAAAGGUCACCUAUUUUAGCA